CGACCCAGUUCCAUAUGUCACAAAAGAACAGCGUCAGUCGGUGGUUGUUGGUAAUGGUGUUGUUGUUAUUGUCUCCACUCCUCCGUCUGCAACACCCUAGAAAACCCCGAAAAAAAGGUAUAUAUAUAUGUAUGUAUAUUCAAGACCCCGAUCGCGUUGUUCCAUAUGCGCAUAAAGCAAAUUGCAUUAACAUUUAGGCCUACGCGCCGCUGUGCCGCCCACUUUGCGACUGUGCCGCUUCUGCAGCAAAAGUGCCAUGCCACUCGUUUCCCAGUCUCUUAUUCCAUGGCGUUCGCCCGUUCCAUUCCGCAUUGUGCCGCCUUUGCUUUAUCACCUAGCAAACUUCCAGCCUGAUCAGUCGCAAUUCAAAGUGCGCGCUGUGCGGAGCAAUUUCAAAUCGCCUCAACCGCCUGUUUUUCCGUCGGCGGUUCUUUUCGAAAUCUGAAAAAGAUAAAAUAUCGUAUAAACCACGACUAACGUUACUGGGCAGGCCUUUAAAUGUGAUUUGGAAUCAGCUUAAGCUAUAUAAAGUUGUGCCCCUUUUUUUUUUGGGUUUAAUUCGCCAAUCAAUCGUUAAAAUAUAAAUACAAAAAAUAAUAAUAAAAACAAGCUGCAUCCAGUUAGUGAAACAAGUCAUAAAUUAGCAAAAGGAGCAUCUGUUAGUCGCAUACCUUCAACACAUUAUUUCUUGCAAACUCGGAAUGAAUGCACUUUAAUUUGGAUGUGUUUCAAGUUCGUUGAUUGACGGUCAGAACGCUGCGUCAUGUUGUUGCUGCCAACGGAAAUGUGUCCAGCAGCAACAACAACAACUACAAUAACAACCACAAUAAACAACACCAAAAGUUGCCCAACGAAAAGUAAUUUGCGAAAAUCAUAAAAAAGUAGCGUAAAUAACUCCCGGCACUACCAGAUCUCCCAAGUGGGGCAAAAAGCGAAAAGCACAAAGGCCAAGCGCGAAAAUAGCCAGAAAAUUGCUGGAAAUCUUUUGGUUCACACCAAAAAAACAACAACAACAGCACAAGAAGUAAUAAUAACAAAAACAAGAACUCAAGAACGACAAGUUUAGGAACAAACCAGAGCAACGACCAACAGCAAGUGUCGCCGUUUUCUAAUGCACAAAAACCAUUCUGUGAUAUCUCAAGACCCAAAGAUGGCAUCGUUAACCUUGCACUUGAUAGUGAUAGCUCUGUUGGCGUCGACGGCGGCGUCACAAACGACACCAACAGCCACUACGACAACAGCAGCGACGCGACAGCGCGGCAGAGGCUUUGCCGCCCAGGGCGUGGAGGGGCUAGGACUGGGCGGCAGGGUAACGGGGGGCGUGCCGGUAUCGACAACGAGCACAGAGGCGCCAACGUUGAGGGCGCCACGCCAGCGUCGUCCGCCUACGACGCAAUCAAUUGAUUUAACGGUGACGGUGACCCCGAUUCGCAGUCGCAGUCGCAGCAGUGGCAGUUUAGCAACACCAACAACAACUACAGCGGCAACAACAAAUGGCAGAGUGUUGCAGCGACGACGCAGUAGCACGUCCAGCACAACAACAACAACAACAGAAGCAACUGCCAAAGCUGGAAGAUCUUCCAGGGAUCGAGGAAGUGUGCGGGGGCCGCGUCAACCGCGUGACACACCGGAACUGGGCGGGGAUACCAGUAUAAGACGCAGCUGGCAGUCCGCCUCACCGACUGCCUCCCCCUACCAGGCCCACGCGCCCACUUCCAGUUACAGUUUCAGUUCCACUCCCAGCACCACUUCCAGUCGAGGAGCACUGAAAACACCCCGAAUGAUCCAACGGCUGGUGGCCGGACACAUCCAGAAUGCCCAGGGCCACUCCACCUACGAGGUGUCGGCGGUGAGCGCCAACAGCUCCUCAUCCACGUAUAUUCCUUCGACGACGGCUAGGAGUACUAGUACUUCUACGACGACUACGACGCCGUCGACAACGACAUCGACGACUACAAAAAAGCCUCCUUCGAGGAGCAAAGCGAGCAGCAGUUACCGACUGGCCAAACCCUCGUCUAGGCCGAGAUUAACCAGUACUGUGGCCAACACGCGGUUUAGUAAUCCUCCGAGCACCUCGCGAUCAACGACUCCACUGCCUCCCCCGAGAUCCAAUACGCCGAAUUCGUAUAGACAGGUGGAAUCCGACGAUGAUGAGGCCCUGCUCAACGAACCGGAUGACUUUGAUAACUGGGACAAUGGCAUCUUGCGGCUGAGCGCCGGUUCUGGCAAGGAAGCGGAGGCUCCAGCCAAGAAACAGCCAAAGGAAGACCAAAAGAAGACGCUGGCGGAUCAGGUGAGGGAUGGAAAGUAUGGUUUGAUCGAGAAGGAGCUCUUUCGACGCGUUCCCAAGCGGCCCGGAGUGCUGAGCUAUGCCCGCAAUUCGGAGGUUCCGCUAGACAACGAACGGAACUAUGGUGGAUUGAACGAGGAAGACAUCUGGCUGGCCGAGGAUCACCUGCUGGUAAUCAAGGGCGGAGCACUAAAUGAGGAAUCGGAAGACAAUCAGCAUGGUCCUUGGCCGGCCAUUGAUGACUAUGAUGCACCAGGAAGACAGAUUAAAUUACCAGCAAAUCCGGCGGUGCCGCCUCCAUUUCCUGUGCAGCUCGAACCGCACGGGCCGCUGCAGCUUAUCCGAGAUAAUCAACUCGAGAUCCUCCGUCCGGCGUCUGGCAAUGCAACGAUAUCCUCUAAAACCGCCAACUACCAGAGCCACCAAAGCGCCGCCGGUGAAAAUAGCGCAUCGCAUCCUGUUGCCCGGACGGGAGCGACUGCAGCAUCUCCGGCAGCUAAGUCCACGGAUGCCCGUGAUAGCCCGGAUGCCCCGGCCUACGUCUAUCCGGCGCCCUAUGCCCCCUGGUUGCUCUACCCCAACGACACGGUGGCGUCCAAGGGUCUGCUAAGGACUCCACCGCUCUUGGGUCCUUGGUUAAUCAACGGAUUGAAUGGCAAUGGUUCAUUGGUCGGUGAUUCCCAACUUCCCGGUAAUGUCAGCGAUUUCGAUGAGGACGAUCCAUCGCUGUACUAUCCACCGGCAUAUACGUUUGUUUACAAAAGCAACUACUCGAAUCCGGUGCCACCAGGUCCUUUGGUGCCGGGCAUAGUCCUUCCCCCGCCACCUGAUCACUUCAGCCGGCUGGAGGGUAGUGUCUCGACCAGGAGACCUCAGUCUUCCAGUAGCACCACUACUAGUACGACCAGUACUACAACGACAAGCACAACAACUACCACGUCGAGGCCUCCAGCGCAAUUGCCACCCGUGCGGACAUCGUACAAACCCAAAUACAAUGGGAUUACCUAUCUGCCACCACCGCCCAGGCAGAGUUCACCGAAAUAUGUGGAGCGUGUGCCCGUUCCGGUGGCCGUGCCCAUACCCAUUUAUCCUGUCAACUAUACACCUCGACCCCAGCUGGUCUUUGUGUCUAGUUCCACGGAGGGCAGUCGCCAGGAUCAGUCACUGGAUCCUCCGCUGUCCAAGUCCAAUCCCAUUUACUAUGAGUAUUUCGAGGCCAAGCGGCAGCCGGGAUCAAUCAAAUCCAAUGUCAUUGAUGACUUCCUGGCCACUAAACCGCCCAAGCGGCAUCAUCAUAAUAACAAUCACCAUCAGCGAGAACAUCUGCAACACUACAAGGCAUCGCCAAGUCCGGCGAACGAUGUGGCUCCCGAAGUGGUCAACAUCACGCCAAAGCCCAGGACUGCCCAGUUGCAGUUACACGCAGAGUACGAGGCAUCCCUGGGUCAGCUGCUAAGGAGCAACCUCAUCUCACCUCCGGGAGGAUCUAAUUCGGGACGAUUCCAGGCCCCCGACUUUGACAAGCAGCCCUUCCUGCCCAUGGUGAACUACAGUGCGGAUGAGCAUGAUCAAAACGCUUUCAAGGCCAUAGUUUACCAGCCUCCUGGCCAGCGUCAGCGUCACUUGCGGGUGGGCAAACAGCAGCUGCAGCUGGAUCCAAAUCUGGAGGCUGCUCCACCAGAUUCCUAUCUGCCGGGGCGUCAUUACCGGGUUGGCAAACAGCAGCAGCAGAUCUAUGAGCCUCAAAUAUACAGCACGCCAGUUCCUCAGUUUUUGGAAGAUCCACAGCAAUUGAGGCCGCCAUCUCCCGUCCAGUCGAGUCCUCUGCAAUUCUGGCAGCGACCCCCACCACAAUUCAAGAGAGUGCGACCCAGUAGCAAACAGGGUCAUCCCCAUUCGCAUCCACACUAUCCUCCCUACUAUGUGCCGGGAUAUCCGAGUGCUCCGUCGGCGGAACCCCUAUAUCGCCUGGUGCCCGUGGCCCAGCACAAACACUGGAGGAACAAGCAGCAGCAACCGCAGCAGGUUCAAUCGCAGCCCAUUCAAGUGCAAGCUCAGAAUCAGGGCUAUCCCGAUCGGAGUGUGAAUAUUGGUCACAGCCUGGCUGGCGAUAUACUCGUCAACUACAACACAAACAAUCAGUUCAAUCCGCAGGCGGAACUGGUGCCUCAGGCUCAGUUGGCGGCACCACCGCCGCCUCCUCCUCUGUCCUAUCAGGCCCAAAGUGGCCAGCCCUUGUGGUCCGAAAGGGAACGGGAUCGGGACAGGGAGAGAUCGGUAAGACAGUCAAGAGAACAACAGAAGUAAUACUAAAUAUAUUUACAUAUAUCAUAAUCUGAGUAAUCAUGUCGAUAAUGAUGGUUCUAUGUCAUUGAUAAACGUAGUGUCAAAAUGUGAUCUAUAGGGAGGCCAAUCCGCUAUCGAAUCCCAGACGAAAUCCUAGACGAUACGAAAUGGAAAGCCGUGAACUUUUAAUAGAAAAAUUCUAAUGAUUCCAUAUAAUAUUUCUUCUUCAUUUCAUACAAUUUCAUUAUUCCCCCCAAUGUGUGUAAACUUUGGAUCAGCAAUAAUCCACAACCCUGCUAAUGGUCUCAUUUUUGCUAUUUCAACAUUUCUUUAGUUUGUGAUUGAUAUCUUUGUGUUUUCUAGAUGAAUACUCCUUGUAAUCAUCAUCAUAAUCAAUCGAAAAUCAAGCUCAAUUCAAGUUUAUUUCACAUUCUUUGCUACCACUAACAAAUAGUUACAUACAUUAUAUAGAGCUGGUCAUAUAAGAGAUAAACCCCUAUUUGGUCCUGCUGCCAACCUCUCGAUGGCGAUGCUGCCAACCUCUCGACAAUCGAUGUAUGGUAUAUAUCGCCAAUCGCUGACAGAGUUGCAACAAACGCACACUUAUACACAUUUAUACAAUAUAUAAGUACCUAUAUCCCCAAAUCGGAUAUAUAUAUAUAUAUAUUCACAAACCUAUGUAAAUAAUAAACAAGUUUAGGCGCUAUAGACACCACAUAGUCUUAGGGGCAGUAAAAUACAUAUAUACUUUAUCGAUAUCUGUAGGAACGAAGGCUUCUUCGUUUAGCCUUAACUAUUCUGUUUUAUCCUGCACACACACACACACGUAAACACACUAUAUGUAUUAUUUUUUUCUAUUUAUUAUAAUCUGUUUUUGAAUGUUUUCCAAAAUCAUUGCAAAACUUUGUAUAAAAGCCAUAACAACUAAGGUCACUAUAAGUUAAAAAAUCACGCUAUGCAACUAAUGAACACUAUGCGUUAAUUAAAUCUUUAGUUCGUAUACCAUACUUAAAUGUAUACUUAUUUUUUUUUGUUAAUUGUAAACGAAUAAAAUAAUUUGUAGACGCAAAUUCUUAUUAUCGAAAUAAAGCAAACUGAAAAUAUA